AUGGGUAAAGCAACACAUCAAUACGAGGAGCAAGUCCGUUCCUGGGGCUUUGACCACGUCUUCACCUGGCGAGAUGGACCAAACGCGCAUUAUCCCCCACACUCGCAUGCUGGCCUGACGACGCAUCUCAUCGUCGAGGGGGAGCUGACGCUGUGGUACCCGAGAGAGGAGAGCCGGGAGAAGGUCAAGUAUGGGGUGGGAGAUAGGGUCGACGUUGAAGCGGGACGAGUGCAUGAGGUCUGGGUUGGCGACAAUGGAUGUCAGUAUGUUAUUGGAGAGUGA